AACCGGAAGCGGUUUAUAGCAAACAAGAGGAAACGCGAUUUCUUCUCCGUCCAAAUGGUGAAUCCGCGAACAGACAAGUUGCUGAGAAGAACAACUAUGGUGGCCACUGUCACUGCUUCAUACUUUCUCUUAACUGCCGAUUAUGGCCCUCAACCCAAUUUUCUCGAUCCUAUCAAAAAGUUUAUACUGUCAACAGAAAGUUCUAUUAAGGGUUUCAUCUUUGGAUCAAAUAAUCAAUCUCAAGGAAGUCAAAGUGAGAAGCUUGGCUCCAAUGGUGUCAAGGACAAUCCAUGAUGUGUAGACUCGAGGGUUUGGUUACGGUUUUAUGCAUAUAUAUCUUGAAUCUGCAGUUUUUGUUUAUACAUUUCGUGAAGCGUAGGUCGAGAUCAAGCAUGAGUAGACCUCUUGGAGGAGACGAAUAAUGCAGUUUGUUAGAUUCUAAGGUGUUGAAUGAAUUUGUUAUUACCAACUUCAUUUAGCAUAUUAACCUCAAGAGAUUCAAAUUACUUAGCAUAUUUCUGGAUUG